CACCGGCCGUACAGCUGCGUCUCGAGCUGCAGUAACGACAGGACGCCAGCUGUACGGCAAUUCCCAACCUUACAGAACUAACGAUCAUAGAACACCCCUCGCCAAGCGGAACGAGAUACCGAUAUUUUCCUUUGCACAACAAGAAGUUGAAAUGCCAGGCUCGACUAUUAAAACAUGCAUAUCUUGCAGGCAGCAAAUAGCUGUUGCCUGCAAGAUAUGCAAACUUUGUGGAGCGCGACAACAAAUGAAAAAAGCUUUACAAAAAGCAACGGAAAAAGCCAGCAAGCAAUGGGGGGCAAAGUUAAAAAAAGAUGGUAAUACCUCCAAGUUAGUCGAUGCUGCCCGGGUUCUGGUUCACAAAUUCAAGAUGGCAGGGCUGCACCCUAUUCUUCUUUUUGGGACCAAUAAGAGGGGCUCUGUGUCCUGUGACUACCUCAAUGGCCUGGAGGUAGUCAAAGACACGGAAACCGCUUCGGUGGUAGCAGUACGCUCACUGUAUAAAAGCCUCUUGUCAGUGAUAGUUAGGAGAGAGAAGGCCAACAAUUUAAAUCCGGUGGAUCCAGAGAGACCAAGGGAACUGGCUGAAUCCCAUCUUCAUCAAGUAGCCAAGGAGGAGGAGGACGAAAAAACAUUCAGCCUCUUCUUGACAGCUUGUGACCCUGAACCUACAGCUCCUGCCACAGCACCAUCCACCUCCCAUUCGCCUCCUGGACAGAGUUACCCAUCCUCCUCUCCCAGUCUCCCACUCUUCAACUCCAAAGAGAGCUGUCAACCAAAGUACCCAGACACACAAAGCAAUGGUUUGGUGAAGGGGUUCGACUCCAACUCAUCAGAACCUGGAACCUCCACCAAUCCCCAUGGAGCUGGAUUAACUAAGAGACGGUUGUGUCAAGACGAGCUGGAGGAGAUCCCCUCGAAACGUCAAACUAAAGGACAGACUUCUUCAGACUCAGAUAUGGAUUUGUUUGCCCCUUUAGAGUCAGAUAUAGAUGAAAGUGCCAACUCUGUUCCAGAGCAGCAAAGUUCGGAUCUCACUCCUCCAGCGAUGGUAGUUAACUGUCCCCAAGUGGUUAAAGAGGAAGAGGAGGAAAAGAAAGAUGAAGGGUCCAGUCCUGAUCAACACACCGCUGGACCCUCCGUCCCACUGCAAAGCUCCCCUGGUUCCACUCCCUCUGUUGACCAAUCCAAACCCCUCAGUCCUCCUGGCUCCCCUCCCUGCACCAGCUUGUCCAGUUCCAAGGCUCCACCUGAACCCAUCUGCGUCUCCUCUCCACCGCAUCCUGUGGAGCCUCCCUCGGACCCGGAGCCCAGAAUCGACUCCCAGACCUUCUGGAAAAGCUGCAACGCUGCAGGAUGCACACAGGCCAUUUUCACAGAUUUCAUUAAUGAGAUGAAUGAUAUUGCCGGCAGAAUCCAGUCAGACCAGGCCAGUGAGGACGAUUGCAAUCAUGCGCUGAACGUGAUGGCGGCUUCUGGGAAGCUGGAGGAGAUUGUGGCCAAGCAGCAGAAAGAGUUACAACGGAAACAGCAAGAGCUGAUGAAGGCAGCAGCCACCAUGCAACAGGUCAUCUUAGCACUGAGGAGAUGAGGCCGUACUUUUUGUACAUGUAUAGAUAUAUAUAUUUUUUUUUUUAGUCGAUAACCUAUUUGAGGAGAUUUUACUGUAGAUGUUUCUGGAUUAUAUUUCUGUAUUGGGUUUUAGGUAGAUCUGUGUAUUUGUGAAUAUCUCACAACCUGGUUCCAAAAGGGACUUGUAGCUACAGCCCUCAUUUAUACAACUUAGACCAAACUAGUUAACUCUGCAGUUUACAGCCGAGUAUUUGCCUUUGUUUGUGUUCAUUUUCUGUAACUAGUUUGCACAGUUGAGUCCAGAUGUUUGUUCGCAUGAAUGAUGAAAGAGGAAUUUGUCUUUACUCUGGAACAAAUUUCUUCUUAAAACUGUUAAAUGAUAUUGUUAAAGGGAAAUAUGCUGGUGUGUGAAUGUAUGUGCCAAUUUUGUAGAAUUGCCCUCAACCUGAUCUCAAGA